CCUGGCAACCCGGGAGUCUCAUCACAGCGCUGAAAAACUUGUUGUUGUCGGGGAAAAUGGCGUCAAACGUAGAGGCCCCGGAGCGCUGGUAUCUCGCCCUACUCGGCUUUGCGGAACAUUUCCGAACAUCCAGUCCGCCAAAAAUCCGACUAUGUGUGCACUGUCUCCAGGCGGUGUUUCAGUUUAAGCCCCCGCAGAGGAUCGAGGCCCGGACACAUCUUCAACUGGGCUCGGUUCUCUACCACCACACCAAGAACAGCGAGCUGGCCCGCAGCCACUUGGAGAAAGCGUGGUUUAUAUCUCAACAAGUCCCUCAGUUUGAAGAUGUCAAAUUUGAAGCUGCAAGCAUUCUGUCUGAACUCUUCUGCCAACAGAAUUUGGUUGACUCUGCAAAACCCCUACUGCGCAAGGCCAUCCAGAUUUCACAACAAACACCAUACUGGCACUGCAGACUGUUGUUCCAGUUGGCGCAACUGCAUACUCUGGAGAAAGACUUGGUGUCAGCUUGUGACCUGCUGGGGGUUGGAGCUGAGUACGCCCGAGUGGUUGGGUCGGAAUAUACCAGGGCAUUGUUUCUCCUCAGUAAAGGAAUGUUGCUGCUAAUGGAGAGGAAGCUUGGGGAGGUGCAUCCUCUACUCACACUGUGCGGAACUAUUGUAGAAAACUGGCAGGGAAACCCCAUCCAGAAAGAGUCCCUGAGGGUCUUCUUCCUGGUCCUUCAGGUUACACACUACCUGGAUGCUGGACAGGUGAAGAGUGUGAAGCCAUGUCUGAAGCAGCUGCAGCAGUGCAUCCAGACCAUUUCUACACUCCAUGAUGAUGAGAUUCUGCCCAGCAACCCAGCUGACCUCUUCCACUGGCUGCCCAAGGAGCACAUGUGUGUGCUCGUCUAUUUGGUGACUGUCAUGCACUCCAUGCAAGCAGGCUAUUUGGAAAAAGCCCAGAAGUACACAGACAAGGCUCUAAUGCAACUAGAGAAACUAAAAAUGUUGGACUGCAGCCCCAUCCUCUCUACCUUUCAAGUCAUUCUACUGGAGCACAUCAUCAUGUGCCGACUCGUCACAGGCCACAAGGCCACUGCAUUACAAGAGAUCUCACAGGUGUGUCAGCUGUGCCAACAGUCCCCAAGGCUAUUCACCAACCACGCUGCUCAGCUUCACACUCUAUUAGGUCUCUACUGUAUCUCUGUGAACUGUAUGGAUAAUGCAGAAGCACAGUUUACCACAGCUUUGCGGCUCACCACACACCAGGAACUGUGGACAUACAUUGUAACCAACUUGGCCAGUGUCUACAUUAGGGAAGGAAACCGACACCAGGAGCUUUACAGCCUGCUGGAGAGAAUAAACCCAGACCAUAACUUCCCUGUGAGCUCCCAUUGCCUCCGUGCUGCUGCCUUCUACAUCAGGGGACUCCUGUCCUUCUUUCAAGGACGCUACAACGAGGCCAAGCGGUUCCUCAGGGAAACCCUGAAGAUGUCUAAUGCUGAGGAUCUGAACAGACUGACUGCCUGUUCACUGGUUCUGCUGGGCCACAUCUUCUAUGUACUGGGCAACCACAGAGAAAGCAACAACAUGGUUGUACCUGCCAUGCAGCUGGCCAGCAAGAUCCCUGACAUGUCUGUUCAGCUGUGGUCGUCUGCACUGUUGAAAGACUUGAACAAGGCCCUUGGGAACAACAUGGAUGCCCACGAAGCAGCCCAGAUGCACCAGAACUUCUCCCAGCAGCUGCUGCAGGACCACAUCGCUGCCUGCAGCCUACCUGAGCAUAACCUCAUCAGUUGGACUGAUGGCCCUCCUCCUGUCCAGAUCCAAGCCCAAAAUGGCCCAACCACCAGCCUCGCAAGCCUGCUAUGAGAAACCAGCUGUCAGACUUGCAUAUGACUGUAGCUGUUUCAUCAUAAGUAACAGAUUGAUGCCUAACAACCUGCUAUCAGACCACUGUAGCUGAGAUUUAAGAUGAUUUUAACAGGUCACAGAGUUCACGUCUUCACUUUAUUUGCUUCUCAAGGUUGCUUCCUGAUUGUCUGCUAUCAUAUUUUUUUAAAUUGUUGCAAAACAAUUACGAGUGUUGUACAUGUAUUUCACGCUCUCCGAUGGCAUGGAUGCUUACGGGGCACCAGAGCGGGGUCGGACUCUCGAUUAGAGUAGGAAAGGACACGUAGCGACGUAUAACAGGGCUUCUCCGCCUCAGUUGUAGAGAAGCCUUCGCUGCGUUUGCCUGGUUUCUUUUUUCCACUUGCUGGAAGAGGGUAGAUAGCAGGGCAGUAAAGAAAUGUAGAGAAAAUUAAUUUAUUCAUGUUGAUAUUUUUGUAACUGUUGGUAAAUAUUUUACAUCUUGCCUUGUUUUGUAAGGAUCCUGUUUGUAUGCAUGGAAGAUACUAAUGUGGAUUCCCCUGUACACUAGUUUCUGACCUGGGUCGCUGAUGAUAAAUUCUUGGUAGAUCAUUUUUGCACAAAUCCAUAUUAGAAAGAUUAGAGACAUCUUGUAAUAUAUUUUCACACAUUAAUCAGUUGAACAGUUUCACGAUUAAAAACAACUGGCAGUGUAACUUGUAUUGGGGCCAGUGCACAAUCCACCGUGUACAAUUCCUGUAUGGACCAGGAUAUGCCUCUGUCUGGGUUUUUUAUCAUUCGCUGGAUGUGAUGGUCACCACGUACCAUUUUAAAGAAACUCAUUAAACUGCAACUGUAUUUUUUUCAGGUUUCAGAAUACAUGACUUCCCCAUUGCAUUUGUUGAUUUUUGCAGUUUAUGUUAAGACUUUCGGAGCACACAAUAAUCCUCAGAAUCUCAAAAUAGCGAAUUCAUUUUAUUUUGUUGUAUUUUAAUUUCUCUUGAUAGUUCUACUAAAUGGUUCCUUUACAGUAUGUUUGUAUAGACUUGCCACUUGUUGAACCUUUAUUGUACAGUGACAUUUUAUAAAGUCAAUUUAGUAAAGUGUGAUAUGUAUUUUUAGCUAUCCUAUGUAGAAAUCUCAACGCUUGGUAUUUAAGGCACUCUGUAAGGACACAGUUGAAGCUUGAGUACUAGCCAUAUUCUAUCCAAUGCCUAUGUUUUUAAUGCUUACAUUGUUUUCAAUAAUUUUCCAAUAAAAACUACAAUUGAAAUUUUGUAAUUUCCUGA